GAGCCUGCCGACUGCAAGAGCUGCCGCUGCCGCUGCCAGUGCAAGCCGACGGCUACUUGUGAGAUGACCGCUCUUCGCGUGACUCUGUGUGUCGUGCUGUACGCCGGGGCGGCUCUGGCUCUAGACUUCUACGCUUACGGACCCGCCUAUGAUUCACAGCUCCCUCCUCAGAAUGACAUCUCCAGCUCGGAGAUUCCCUUGGCGGUGCCGAUAAAAUUUUUUGGGGAGACCUAUAACUCGAUUUUUGUGAAUAGCAAUGGGCUGCUGUCAUUUCUGACGGAGAUCCCAAUGUUCUUCAGCAUUCAGUUUCCACUCAACUACCCUAUCAUCGCGCCUUUGUACGCCAACGUGGACACUAGUGGUCACGGGCAUAUCUACUACCGUGAGACGCAGGAUCCAGACUUACUCAAGCGGUUCAACCACAGGGUGCAACACUUCUACCCCAACCUUCAGGCUCCGUUUACUGCCAAGAGUCUCUUCAUCGCAUCUUGGUUAGAAGUCGGCUACUUUCCUUCAGGUACUGAUAAGGUAAAUACAUUCCAGGCCGUGAUAGGCAGUGAUGGAUCCGAGUCAUUUGUGGAAUUGCUGUAUCGGCCAGGUGGAGUACAGUGGGUCCAGGGUCGAGGUUCAUCUGACAGACUGCCAGAUGCCAGGGCUCAGGCGGGUUUUGUGGCAGAGGAUGGUCGCCUCUACACUCUCAGGGGCAGUGGCACUGAUCAGAUACAGAACCUUGACAGGUGGAGUAACACUGACGAGCCAGGGGUGUGGUUAUUCAGGGUGGGAAACACAGGAUCCUCCGGUAACGUGGAGCCUCCUCAAGCUGACAACGGAGAGAGUGAGAACCUGAUAGAUGAUAGCAGCUGCCAGACGGGUGCCAUGUCUUGUCACAGCAAAGCCCAGUGCAUAGACCAGGAUGAAGGCUACUGCUGCGUCUGCCAGGCGGGUUACUAUGGCAACGGUCGCACCUGCCUGCAGGAUCAGAUUCCCCUAAGGGUGAACGGUAAAGUGUCAGUGAGUCUCAACGGGGUGACAGAGCAGGAGGUGGAUGUGCAAGCCUACAUCGUGACUGCCGAUGGUCGCUGUUACACUGCUCUUAGCCGAGUGCCCCCUGCUGCCGGUACCGAUGCCCAACUGAUCAGCUCCACUGCUGACAUUAUCGGCUGGCUCUUUGCUAAGUCCAUCAACAAUGCACCCAACGGAUACAUGCUGACAGGAGGUGUGCUGAACCAUACGGCAUUCCUCACCUUCAACAACGGCCAACACCGCACUACUGUGGAGCAGAGGUUCUUGGGUCUGGACGUGUUUGAUCAGUUACGAAUGGAGGGUCGCAUCUUCGGUACAGUGCCGCAGGUUCCGCAUGGCUCCAAACUCUCCCUGCCAGACUCUCAGGUCCAGUUCCGCAAAAUAUCUCAAGGUGUGGUUCGGUCUCAGUCAUCCUAUGUUGUCCACGUAGACAACUCUCUGGAUGAAUACCCUGUUACUGUAGAGCAGACCAUCAGUUUCACUGAACACUGCUCCACCUCCACCUCAGAGAGCACUUUCCGCCUCAAAUCCGCUCGCACCUUCAUCAGUUAUGAGGAGACUGAGAAUAUUCUAAGGUUCGCUUCUACCAACAAGGUGUCAUCAAUGACAGAUAAUGAUGACCCUUGUGUGGUCGGGCAGGUGAGCUGUGUCAACAACAGCCAUUGCAUCCCUGAGGGUUCCACCUUCAAGUGUGUCUGCAACAAUGGUUUCCAGACGCUGUACACUGACGAAGCGACUGGGGACUAUGGUUGUGUGGAUAUCAACGAGUGCCAGUCCGGUUCUCACUCCUGCGACAACAAUGCUCUCUGUAUCAACGAAGUAGGCUCCUUCAGCUGCCAGUGUCGCCAAGGUUACACAGGCAACGGAUAUUCUUGCCAGGAAGUUCCACAAGACUGCUCCAGUAUUAGUUGUAGUCCGGGAGCAGAGUGUAUCGAGAGUGCCGAGAAUGGACCCCGCUGCUACUGCAUCCCAGGAUUCGUUGGGGACGGCACUACUUGCACUCCUAAUGCUGAAGACGAUUGUCUGAUGUGCUCACCUCACGCUUGGUGCAAUCGUACGACCAGUGGUGCAGUACAGUGCACCUGUCUGGAUGGUUACCAUGGCAACGGUCGGGAGUGUACACAAUCCGAGGACACUGUGAUACGGACUUGUCUACUAGGCGUCUGCUGGUGUCCUUCUGGCUUUGUGGAGAAUGGACAGAUCUGUGUGAAAGAUGAGUCUGCUUCUACCUCUACACCAGAUACCACAGUUUCCUCUAAUAGCCAAGAAAACCAAGAAACCGAUUUCUCCCAACACCCUGAGCCCGAAUGUUUCUCCCAAUCCCAAUGUUUCUGUCCUAGAGGGUUCACUCUCUCCGGUGAUGUUUGCUUACCUGAGGCAGGGGCCAAUGUUCACUCGCACUUUACUAAGGGCUUCUCUGGAAAUCCAUUAUCAUGUAACACCAUCAACAACUGCCAUCCCCAAGCCCAGUGUGUCUUUGUCGAAGCUCAGGAAGCAUAUGAGUGUCAGUGUAAUGCAGGCUUUGAAGGCGAUGGACUCCAAUGUUCUCAAAUUGAGUCCUGUAACAUCAUCAACAACUGCCACGCUCAGGCCCAGUGUAUCUAUGUUGGUGCUCGGGAUGCGUAUGAAUGCCAGUGUAACGCAGGCUUUGAAGGCGACGGAUUCAAUUGCUUUGAGAUUGAAAUGUCGUGCCUGGAUUCAGACAUCUGUCACUUGUAUGCUGAGUGUGUGGUAGAAGAGGGCUCAGAGAAGGGCAUCUGUAUUUGUGACGAGGGCUACCAGGGCGAUGGCAUGACCUGCUACCGUACAGACAUGUGCACAGAGGAUAUAGAAUGUGGAGACAAUGCAGCUUGUCUCUGGUCUGAUGACACUCAACGCAAGGAAUGUGACUGCGAUCCUGGCUAUGUCAUGGACUACAAGAUCUGCAUUAAACAAGGAUGUGAGGAGUGCCAUGAGGAUGCUGAAUGUGUGACAAAUCCGGCCACUGGGCUGCCACAGUGUGUCUGCAGAUCUGGCCUGGUGGGUGACGGGAUAGAAGAGUGUGUGGAACAGCCACUUGGAUGUAAUGUGUUGGCCAACUGUGCUCCAGAGGCUAACUGUGUUUAUGUUUCUCCUGAUGCAGGACAUCGGUGCCAGUGCCGCACAGGCUACGAGGGAAAUGGUUUUGAGUGCAUACGAGUGGUCAACUGCCUCAAUGAUCGCAGCCUCUGUGAUCCUAAUGCUCAGUGUGAGGUGACGGCAGGGUCUACUUACCAAUGUGUGUGCCGCACUGGCUUUGUGGGCAAUGGACAGAGUUGUAGAGAAGUGCGCAAAACAGAAGGAGGAUACCUUCUUGUCAACAAAGGCAUGGCAACAGUAAGAGUUCCGUUAGAGCCCACCAGAACCGACCCUGGCCGACCAAUACAACUGCAGUAUGACCAGAUCACUAUCGGUCUAGCAGUAGACUGUGUUGAAGGACUCAUUUAUUGGAGUGACAUUACUGGUCAAGUUAUCAAGAGUUCUUCCCUCAGUGGAAAAGACAUCACCAAUUUUGUUGAAGAUGAUAUCAAUUCACCAGAAGGGUUGGCAGUAGACUGGAUAGGUCGGAAGCUCUUCUGGACAGAUUCAGGCAAGGAUGUUAUCAGAGCGGCCGACCUAGACACUGGGGAGACCGAAACUAUUGUAUCUUCUGGUCUUGUCAAUCCCAGAGGCAUUGCUGUUCAUCCAACCCGCAGGAAGAUUUACUGGUCAGACUGGAACAGAGCUGCGCCUAAGCUGGAGUCUGCAGACUUGGACGGUGCGGCCCGUCAGCUGCUCGUAUCCCGAGACGUUCAGUUGCCUAACAGUCUGGCCAUCGACUGGGCCACUGAUGAGCUCUGUUGGACUGAUGCUGGCACCAAAAAAAUUGAGUGCCUAGGUCUGGAGUCCGGUAUCAGGAGGACAGUCGUCUCUAACUGCAGUUAUCCUUUUGGUCUGACCAUCACAGCUGAUAAAUACUACUGGACGGACUGGCAGACCCAAAAAGUAGAGAGUGCGUUUAAGUACUCUUCAGUUGCCAGUGAGGCCCUGACGGUGCCAUUGGGAGGUGCCGGUAAACUGUACGGCAUCACAGCAGUCUCGGACUCCUGCCCCCAAGUCUAGUUCCUAUAUCUAGUUGUCAACUAUUUAUUGUCUGUGUGCCUUAAUCUAGCAUUAAUAUGUCAUAAUUUAUAAGCUUGAAAUACUCUCACUCUGUUUUGUAUGUAGUUUUAUUUCUGUUAGUCACUUGACUUAAAAUAUAUUUCUUUAUGUA